AUGUCUACCGUCAAAAUUGAAUACGACGCCAAGGGCAUGCCUUUCCGGAGGCUUGGCCCCAGUGGCUUGCGCGUCCCUGUCUUCUCUCUCGGAGGGUGGCUUACCAUUGGUGGCACCGUAAAGGGUGACCCUGUGAAGGACAUCAUCAAGGUUGCCUUCGAAAAUGGCAUCAACAUGUUCGACACCGCGGAGGGCUACUCGAGCGGAGAAUCUGAGGUUGAAAUGGGCCGCGUCAUCCGCGAGCUCGGUCUGCGACGGUCAGAUCUGGUGAUUUCCACCAAGAUUUACUUUGGCUGGAAGAAAGCGAAGACCUCGCCGAACGACACUGGUUUGUCGCGCAAACACAUCAUUGAAGGUACACAAGCGUCCCUGGAGCGGCUCGGUAUGGACUACGUCGACAUCAUUUUUGCCCACCGGCCGGACUUGAGCGUGCCGAUGGAGGAGGUCGUCCGCGCCUUCAACUACGUCAUCGAAAAGGGCUGGGCAUUCUACUGGGCGACCUCGGAGUGGUCGGCGCAGCAGAUCGAGGAGGCGUACCACGUCGCAGACAAGCUCGGCUUGGUGGGCCCGGUCGCUGAGCAGUGCCAGCACCACAUGUUCCACCGCGAACGCCCCGAGAAGGAAUACGCGCCCAUAUACGCAAAGUACCAGAUCGGAACGACCGUGUGGUCCGCGCUCGCGGGCGGGCUGCUCACGGGCAAGUACAACGACGGCAUCCCCGAGGGCUCGCGCUACGCAAACGAAGACACCAAGGUGUUCUACAAGGAGAUCCUGCAGACGAUCGACGAGGGCGAGGGCAAGCGGAAGCUCAACAAGGUCAAGGAGCUCUCCGAGUUUGCAGAGAAGGAGCUGGGCUGCACGGCGACGGCGCUCGCGCUCGCGUGGGUCGCCGUGAACCCGAACACGAGCACGGUCAUCCUCGGCGCGUCGAAGCCGGAGCAGGUCGUCGAGAACCUGAAGGCGAUCGAGGUCAUCCCGAAGCUGACGCCUGAGGUCCUCGAGAAGAUCGAGAAGAUCCUCGACAACAAGCCGGCGCCUGAGUCAUCAUGGGGACGUCCAUCUUUGGAUAGCUUCGGAAGGAAAUAUUAG